CCCACUCAUACUCUCUCUCUCUCUCUCUCUCUCUCUCGCUUAAAAAUAAACAUAAAAAAAAAAAGAGGAGUGCUCAACAAUACCUCUGGGCAAGAGGCCUCUUAAAAGUCAAUGUCAGAAUAUUCUUUUCUGGAGCCACAUAGUAAGGACCGUUAGGGUGGGCAGAGGGUAGGCCUCAUUACAUUUGGACUAUGGCUGACACCUGCUGGUGCGCCUUCACUUUCUCCUCCUUCUUGGAAAAGCUGCUCUGGCUUCUAGGUUGGUGGAGUCCUACACGGGACCCUACCUUAUGGGAGCUCUCUGGGCAGGAAUUCCCAGGACUGGCUCUUUCUAGCCAAAUGGGGAGGGGUAGUGCCCAGAGUCCCACUUUCCCCCAAAACUAAUUCCUUACAAGUUGUAAAGAAGGCUUCAACCUCCCCUUCCCCACCUCUUCUUCCAUUACCAGCACCAACACCACCAUUGAAACUCCUUGAGAAAACUCCAGCAAACUGGCCCAAGUUAGUAUGUUGUUACCCCUGAUGCUCAGUCUUUUUAUUAGAUCAAGUUUGUUCUUCCCCAUCCCCACUCUCUCAUUCAUUCACAGACACCCGGGACACUGGGGACCCUGGGGCAAGCAAAGACUGUAGGAAGGUGGCCACUCUCUCCUUAAUCAUGUUCCUGGCUGCUCUAAGAUUAGAAAGUAAUUGAAGAUGUCUGCCUUAAUGUCUUCCUUUCCUCCUUUUCUGUAUGCAUAGCUAGUUACUUUCCUGUUAUUAUCUAAAUAUACAGAGUAGUCUGUGUCAUUUUAUUAAUCUUCCUGUGUAAGCCGCAGUAAAGACUGCAAGCCCAGUCACCAUCCUUCAUUACCAUUCAUUCAGAAAAUAUCUACUGAGCCCGGAUUAGGCGCCCGGCAUUGUUUCAACCACCUCCUCAGCCUGGUCUCCUCCUUAUAUCCCACCCCCCAUGAAAAGCUCAUCACAAUUGCCUGGAAAGUCAUAUAUCCUUUGAUUAAUUCUGUUUUAUUAACCUAAGGAGAAAUAAAGCUUUUCUCAACCUCUCAAAUUCUAAUUAUUUUUUUACAGUGGAUUAACUGGGACUUAUUUUGAAACUGCUCACCUAGUCCUAACAGAAUCAGAAAUCAGUUUUUAAAGGGUCGAUCUUUGCUCAUACUUUAAAGACAGAUGCUACCAACUGUAAAAGAAAAAGGUCGUCCUGAGUGGCUAAUGGGGGGGGGGGGGAGAAAAAAUGUCCUACCUACGGUAGGUAGGUCGGAGCUAACAGCUCCUGCUUUCUAGCUAAUGAAAGUCAAACCAGGAAAUGGGUUUAGAAAUACACAGCGAAUGGGUAGAAAUUAGGAUGCAAAGAGAUCUUUGUAGAGAGGGGUUUCUUUCAGGGGCUUGGUUGGACUUGCUGAUGAGAGCUUUUGCAACUGAAGUUGACUUAGAAAUCAUAUGUGUGUGGGCUUUACAAACCUACACAUAACACCUAUGCUUUUUUAGCCAGAAUAGUCAAAAACACACGUAUUUUCACACUGUUUGGUGGAAACUCUGGCGGGCUAGGGAAGGGUGCUGGGGUCACUUCUCGUUUUAUUUACCCCCCUUGGUAGGAGCUGGGGGCAUCUUUCCCACCCCCACCUUGCCCAGCACAGAAUGUCACAUCCUCCUGGAGAGCAGCGCUCAGGCCCAAGCUCCUUUUCUGGGCUUUCUUAGCAGGAAAGUGCACUCCCUCCUCCUCUCUUAGGCUCUCCCUCCAGUGGGAGUGGCGGCGUGGGGGUGUAGCUUUGGGCUCAGGUUUGGGCUCAGGGACUCGAGCCCUGUGGGAGUAGGGACAUCUGACUUCCUGGGCUUGGGUUCCUUGAGAGCCUCAUUUGCUUCCUCACACCCUGUCCCCUUCACACCAGGGCUGUUUUAUUGUUUUAUAACCUUCUUUAGAGCUUCAGUUGCCAAAGAUUCCGAUGGGGCUAUUCUCCAGUUUCUCACUUUACCAAACCCCAAGUCUUGCUGUUUUAAGCAGUUUGGUCACUUGCAAAGGCUCCCCUUUCAGAUCUAAGCAAAUUAUAGAAACCUCUAGGCAUGUGGCUACCUUCACCUUUCUCACUGAGUCCAUCCACAACAAUACAGAUCCAAGUGUUAACUCCAACUGCCCCCCACAAGCCCACCCAGCCUCUCCCUCCCCACCCUUUUUCUGUUGAAGUUUGAACAAAAUCUCAAAUAAUCUCUGGUAUAAACAAGUAAGAGGUAACCUUUGAUUUUCCUCUUUAUUUACCACAUCUAGAGCUAGAAAAUGAUUGAAAUAAAGGAGCUGAUGGUACUCACAGUGAAUGCAGCCAAAGAAUCAUAAGACAUGCCCACCAACCAGUCUUUUCGAAAUAGCCCUAUCUCCCAACUUAAAGAGACUUCUCUGAAAAGAUGCUAUUUGAAAAGCCCAGGGUAUUGAUAUGAAUAUGACCCCCCUUGCAUCCUGAAUAUUUGGAACUAUUUAAGUGUGAGAGAACAGUUUCAGUGAACCUUUAUUUAGUGAAUAAAAGUUUAAAGCCGAAGGUUAUUUAUGGUUGUGCAGAGAUGAGACCUGAGUGGCUAUUUACGAGCACGUGAUUCCAAUAAACUUUGUUUUAUGGCUUGAGAGUUGACAAGCCAAAAUAUAAUUCCCACCAUAAAUUAGGUUAAGAGCAUACAAGUGCAGAUGCUUGGUUCUUGGAGCAGCGAUAGGGAAGUGAGAGGCUCCAGCUAGCGCCAGGCUCAGAAGGAGACAGUUCGACUCCCAGUUCCCCUGCCCACUGGGAGAAAAAAACAGUAAGUCACUUACUACUUUUUCCAGGACAACUCCAGGGGUGGGGGAUUUCUCUGCCUUGUCUUUUCUGCUUGGGGUGAGGAGAAGUCCCAUCGAAAUUAAUGUUCAUUUUAGCCUAAACCUAAAUUAACAAAUAGAAUGGGACUCCUGGGCUCUUCCCCUCCCUUCGGGACAUAGAAAGUUAGGAACUGAGGGCUCCUACCUCACAAAAGGGACUUACUGUCUCUCUCUUCCUCAUAAUGGAGCAUCUGCUUCAGACGGGAAUGAAACUGUGGUAGUCUAGGUGGAGAGAGUGGCGGGGGGGAGGGAGAGAGAGAGAAAGGAUAAGGAUGGAGAUGGCUUUGCCUCUGAGAUUUCUCAGGGAAGACUGCCAUCAUAGAAGGGAUGAAAACUUAAAGCUGGACACCAGCCCCUGUGAGGAUCACCGCUUUGCUUUGUGGGCUCUCCAGAAGCAAUACUGACAAAAUACUGCCCGGUCCAUAGAGCUGCAUAACAAUCUAAAGCAUUGCCAUUUACCUUCAAACCCAUCGAUUUUCCUCCUCCUUCGUUAUCAUUUGAAUCCUCAUUUCCCUUGGAAAUUGCUCUUUGUUUUGAAUUGGAGCAGGAGUGGGAAGGCAAGUCCCAGUCAUGCCUGGUCCUUCUUUGGGACCGAGAAGACAGGUUUGGGGGGCGCUAGUUGGGGCUGAGGAAUUUGAAACUAAUCUGAAACUGGCAAAAGGGGUUGAAUUGCUCCCAGCGCGAGGCAGACAGGGCGCUGGGGCAGGGGACAGAUGCAGCGGCUGCCCCCUCCCCAGUGGACUUGCGCCCACCCGGCUGAUUGUGCAGAAGGAAAAACACAAAGGCCCAUUUUCUCCUCGCUUCCCGUUUUCCCACUGGGGAAACCCUGUUACAGGCAGCCCGAGUCUGGCCAAGCAACCAGUAAGGUUUUGCCCAAGGGUGCAUGGAGUGGGGGAGGUGUUGGGGACCAUACUCUGCUACUCCCCGGGUCUGCCCUUGAGGACUGCGGUCUCCCGCUCCGCUCCGCGGAGAACUUGGCGCAGUUCCUGGGGGCGGCACCCGAAGCAGGGAGGUCUGGGUAUUUGUGGGGUGUCUGGGCCUUGUCAUUUUUCUGUGUAUCCUCUACCUCUGCUUCAUUAUCCUGUGGAAUUUAAGUGACCCCCGUUUUCAUUGCAACAGGUUCGGGACCAUGAGAGGCUGCGGCUGUAAGUACCUUCCCGUUUCUUCCGAAAUGCGAAGAGGCGGUAUUGAUAACUGGGGAGGUGUCGGCAGAAGGGCCGCGCCAGAAGAGUGGGCGGGUGGAAGAACGGCCCUGACUGCCCUGGCCUGGCGGUGCAAGGGAAGCUCUCUCCGGGGUUGGAGGCUCUAAGUUGAUUGAGCUCCUGGAUGGAUUUUCUGGGGCCUAGUUCACAGUCACCUAUCCAAGAGAGCACACCGCAGGCUCUCACCCUUGUCUCCUUGGGCCUCUCUGGACCUUCUGGGCCUCCCCGGGCCUCCCCAGCUCGCACAGGUGCAGCUCCGCAGCAGCCUAUGCUUCUGUUAGGAGCUUGCAGCUAAUUAGCAGCCCGCUCCAUUAACAAGUUGCGGCGAGCGUCGCUUUCUGCUCGAACCAACCUGCUAAACACCAAAGCAAUGCGAUUCUCUUCCGCCUCCCCCCCCCCCCAGCCUAGCUUAACCCGUUCCAGCCUGGCGCAGUCUUCUCUUUUCUUCUUUUGUUUUUAAUAAAAAGACGAAGGAAAGAAAGAAAAACGUAACCCUCUACGGCUCCGGGUGUGUGCAGUUGGCCCGCUUCCGGGAAGGAAGGGCUGCGAAUUCUGAGCUGUAAGUGGAAAUCCCUCCUCGCCCCUCCCCCGGCCACAGCUCCAGACGUUUGGGCUGUGGGCUGGGGACACGGGCUGAGCAAGGAGGGAGAGAUACGAAGCUUCUGGUUCACUUCUGUUUCUCUGUAACUGCAACUCGAGAAUUUUCGCGCCAGAGCCGCUAGUGUCGCAAGCAAACGUGGUUUUGGUGGUGGUAGUGGUGGUAGAGUUGCGGUGGGGGCAGAGAUUCUUGGGGUCCUGGGCUCAGAACUUUGGAUCUUUCUGAGUUGCAUGUGCCGCGGAGACAGGUACAUUUCUGAGGAGGCCUGUGGGGUCUCCAGGAAGACUAUCCCAUUUAAGUUGAUGGUAGUGGCAGGAGAACCGAGGAAAAGAUAGUGACCCUUCCCUUACUGCAAAAUGGAGAUGACUUUAUUUUAAUGGGAGAUGGAAUGAAGGAAGGCGGUAGGAGCCAGGCACCCAUCCUCUCUGGUGAGACACCCUCUCUUCAGGGUGGAAGAAACCGGUGCUUGGCUCUGGGCCAGGUUUCUUUGCCUUCCAGGAUGGGCAGCCUAGUUGACUUCCUGGGGGCUGUGUUCACCCCCAGGAGUGGAGAUACCGCCCAGUUCAUAAUUCCUCUCUAUUGAUCAGGCUGGCUUAAGUGAAACCGACUCUGGGCUCCAGGCUGGAAAAUCUGGUGUCCCCAGGACACCCUGGUUUUGCCCCCUUCCUGCUGCUGCCCCUGCUCUGGGUGCUUAUCUCUGCCAGGGCUCUUCGCUUGCAAACCCAUUCGGCACCCUGUAGCUGAACACAGCACAAAAAGCCCGAGAGAUCAAAAGCAUUUGUAUGGGCAGUUGAGCGGGAGGUGAAUAUUUAACGCUUUUGUUCAUCAAUAACUCGUUGGCUUUGACCUGUCUGAACAAGUGGAGCAAUAAGGUGAAAUGCAGGUCACAGCGUCUAACAAAUAUGAAAAUGUGUACCCUCACCCGGGUCCCCACCCGGCCCAGCAGGCUCCCCCAAUUUGUCUGGAUAAAGCCUAGGCCCAGUGUCCCCAGGCAGGUGGGUGGGUAUGUGGGAGCACUCGGCAUUAGGGGAAGUUGGGGGGAACCACCCCCUUCAACAAGGAAAUUUGGCUUGGGGCAGCCUCAGACUCUGGUUAGAAUUGGCACCCAGGAAAUCCCUACAAAAUAGCCACAGCACUGGAACCAAAGGAUGGGGGGUGGGGUGGGGAGCAUGCAAAGUGCAGAGUAGAAGCAGGCAGCCAAUUUUGCCAGGCUGAGAGGCAGAAAGGCGUUUCUCUGCUCUACCCCACCAGAUGAAGGCUGAGGCUGAAACUAAUUUUUGAAUCACAAGGAGGAAAUUAAAACAAUCAAAAAAAUUUUUUUUCUAGCACCUCUGGCCUAUGCUCACAGAUCCAAAAGCCGGACUUGAGCCCAGGGCAUCCUUCUGCCCCUGAAAUCCAUCCCGGCCCUGACACGCCGACCCCAGCCCAGGGCAGCUUGGUGCCUGCAAGCAGUGCCUGCCGCAGGGUCUGCAGCUCAGGACGGAGAGGCCAGCCCGGCACAGGGCCCAGGAAGAGUGUCCUGUCUCCUUGGCUGCCCGGUAACUCCGGCCCUGGUGCAAGGAUGGGGAACUCGUUGCUGCAAAUUGUCACCGAGCUCUUCAAGCUACCUGAACCCUCUCUGAAAGUGCGAGUGGCUGCGUCGGGCCGGUGAUGGCUCCGAGGAAGAGGCCGGGGCUGGCAGCGGUCUGGGUACCCACUCUAGGUGAAACCCGGAGGUAGUAACGUUGUCUAUAUAUACCCUGUAGAACCGAAUUUGUGUGGUAUCCACAUAGUCACAGAUUCGAUUCUAGGGGAAUAUAUGGUCGAUGCAAAAACUUCAUGUUUCUCCGAAAUAGCCAUAGUCGGAAGCUGAGGCCAGAGGCAGCCGGGUGCGGGUCAGUUUCCUUUCUGUUUUCUUACCUUAGACUCCAGGAAGAUGGACUGAGCCUGGUGACAAGGUGGGGGGGGGGGAGCCUUUUCCCCGAAGCCCCUCACGUUUAAACAGAGGUUCCCGUGUAAACCCUUAAUUGGUUGCAUGAAUGCAGGGCCACAGGGCUAGCUUUUGGGGAACCGGGGAGCAAGGUGGAAAGCCAGGUAGCCCCAGCCCCAACUCUGCCCUCAAGGAGCAUGAAGUGAGGUCAGAGGGUGCCCAGUGAGGAGGCUCACAGGUCGUUGACUGCCACGUGGGAAAAGGGAGUGCAGGGUCCUUUGGAGCCUAUCUGGGUGAGGUGGGGGUACCAUCAUCACCUUCCAGGCCCACCCCUCAGCUGUAUGAGCUGGGUGGAGGGCGGUCUUGCCAUACCUGUAAGACCGACUUUGGCUAAAAGCACUCCAUCCUGGGCACUCACAGCAAGCUUGGCAGUUACUCAUCGCCUGAUUUGAUUCGGGCCCGCCAGACUGUUGUAACUUUUGGGUGACCCUGAGGAAGACAAAGCCGGGACUCGGCCUUUGUAUGGCAGAGUCCCCGUUCCCGCGGGCGGGAGCCCUGCCUGCCUGGGGUACUCUGCCCAACUCAGAGGCUGCCUCACCCACCGGCCUUUUGGCAUUCUGCAGCCUGACAGAGUUGGGGUUUCAUUCCCCCCUUGAACUGUACCCAUUUUGGGGGGCUGUAUUUCAGCGGGGGUGAGUGGAGAGGACACUGGAGGUUAACAAAGUCAGUGGCAGACAAAAGCUGGGAUUACCUGCCAGGAAUGAGGGUGCGGGGAAUUGGAGAACUACACUAACAUCUGGCGGGGGCCCUCAAAUGUGCCAUGGCGAGUCACUUGAUUACACGUAUGUUAUUUAGUUAAAUUUGUGAAAAUUAUGAGAUGCUCACCAACCCGGUGAUAAACUCGCUUCCUCGCUAUUGGCUGGCUUGGUCACAUGGCCGCCAACUUUAUUCAGUUGACAGCAAGUAGGAGGGCCCUAUGGAAGGAGAAAAAAAGACAACACGAGAAAAAUUAGUAUUUUCUACCUUCUGAAAUUAAUGGCCAUGAGUUCGUAUAUGGUGAACUCCAAGUAUGUGGACCCCAAGUUCCCUCCGUGCGAAGAAUAUUUGCAGGGCAGCUACCUAGGCGAGCAGGGCGCCGACUACUACAGCGGAGGCGUGCAGGGUGCAGACUUCCAGCCCCCGGGGCUCUACCCACGGCCCGACUUCGGUGAGCAGACCUUCGGAGGCGGCGGGCCCGGGCCCGGCUCGGCGCUACCCACGCGGGGUCACGGGCAAGAACCCGGCGGCCCCGGUGGCCACUACGGAGCCCCAGGAGAGCCGUGCCCCGCGCCCCCGGCGCCGCCGCCCGCGCCUCUGCCCAGCGCCAGGGCCUGCAGCCAGCCGGGCGGCCCCAAGCAGCCGCCCCCCGGGACGGCACUCAAGCAGCCCGCGGUGGUCUACCCAUGGAUGAAGAAGGUGCACGUGAAUUCGGUGAACCCCAACUACACUGGCGGGGAGCCCAAGCGGUCUCGGACGGCCUACACCCGGCAGCAAGUCCUAGAACUGGAAAAAGAAUUUCAUUUUAACAGGUAUCUGACCCGGCGCCGUCGGAUUGAAAUUGCUCACACCCUGUGUCUCUCUGAGCGCCAGAUCAAGAUCUGGUUCCAGAAUCGGAGGAUGAAGUGGAAAAAAGACCACAAGCUGCCCAACACCAAAGGCAGGUCCUCGUCCUCGUCCUCCUCUUCCUCCUCCUCCUGCUCCUCCUCAGCUGCCCCAGGCCAGCAUUUGCAGCAGCUGGCCAAGGACCACCACACGGACCUGACGACCUUGUAGAAGUGGGGACCCUGGGCCCAUUCCUCCCUGCGCUCCCGGCUGAGCCGAAGCUGCGGGGGCAGGCCAGGCUUGCUGUCACCUCCCUGGGCUCUAAGGUACUGUGGGGUGGACCUGGGAUACGCAGGCCGCCCUCGGACUAGGUUAGCAUCCUGCCCGAGGGCAGCCCCCUCCCUGAAGCGGGAUGGGGGUGGGAGGGGGGCGGGAUUCUCUCUCUAAGUAUAUUAUCAUAUGGCAGGAGCUACUGAGAACAUAAACCUUGGCGAGUCAUUAAACUUAUGAAAAUCUCUGCUGUUGGAUUUUGAAUUUGCAAAUGAAGGUUGGAUGCUUUAUCCCACUGUGAAUUUGAACAUCCUCCCCCACCCCACCCCUCCAGGGAUCUUGGUGGCUUAAUAAAGUGGGGGAGUUGAGGCAGCAGGUUGGCCAUCCCUGUGCUAGGUGCUUUCAGUGGAAACAGGAAAGCUGGGCCAGGAUUUCUGAACUUUCUGGGUUAUCUGUAUAAUUUCCGGUGUGAAAAAAAUAUUUUGCUCCCGGUGGCCCCAUGCCCAAAGAAAUGAGUCUAAGAAGGAAGUGGAAAUGGGUUGGGUUAUUUUAUGUUUAGAUUAUAUUUGCUUAAAUAUUUAUUUGUUGGGGGAUGGGGGACAGAAAUAACUGACAUCUUAAUGCCAAAAAUCUUAAGAAGGUGAAAGGGGCUGAGUUUCAGGGAGAAGAAUCAGAGAUGUGUGGACUAACUUCUGGCUCUAACCGGCAUUUUGAACUCCACCCCUCCCCACUCCCCGGAAAUGUGUGUAGGGGGCCCUUAACCCUUUUAGAGGGAAGCAAAGGGUCCACUCAAAGUUGAGUUCUUGAAAAUAUAUUUCCACAUGUGCUUUUUUCAGCACUGUGCUUACAACUAGUUCUGGGUGAUUAAAGGAAAGGGAAAAGAGAAAGAAACAAAUGGUCCAACAUUUUCCUUUUGGGGAAAGAAAACAACACCUCUAUGUUCUGGGUCAUUAGAUAGUGACUGAAUUUUCUAUUCCAACUGGAUUCCAAAUGCUGGAUUCCAAAUAACCCAUGUAGCAGUAUUUUAUAGGAAUCGGUGUACGGCCUAUAUGGGAGAGGGGGUGUGUGGUGGGGAGAAAGUGGGAAGGUGGGGAAAUCUUGCUGUAAAAAAGAAAGAGAACACUAAUUGAAUCUAGAAGCCCACAAAAGUUGGUCUUAGGGUUUUUUUCCCUGAAGUUUUUUUAUUUUUUAAACAAGUGUAAGGAAGUUUUUCUCAACCCAUUGAUUAGAAGCAGAGAUUGUAAAAGUAUAAAAGUUUUAGGCCCUCCUCCUUGCCUUAAGAAUAGUGGUUUCAUAACAAUCACUCUCAAACAACAGAGGAGUGAUGUUCUUUAGUCAUUUUUCUUAUGCCUUGCCUGAGGAUUCAAGGCUCAUUUUUCUAAAAUGCUGACCCUUAAGGCUAAGGGGGGGGGGGGGAAAGUCAAAGGGAAUGGCCAGAGUUCAUAUACUCAAAUGAAACAGACUUUGGAAGUUUAAACCCCAAAGCUGUGGGCUCCAAAAAGAAACCCCUGGUUGUAGCUACCAAAAAGUGACAAAAGAGGGGAGGGAAAAAGGAUGAGCUUGAAAGAGAGAUUAAGAAUUGGAGCUUUUUUUUCAGUGCUUCAGAAUGCUUUAUAAAGUUCAGAGAUAAUUUUUUAAAUAUAUUUAAGUGGAGGGAGAAAAAAAAAGACUUUUUCUGCACGCAUGUUCUUUGGUGUCUCCUGAGAGCUGAGAGCAGGUAUUCACUGGAGUCCCUAGGCUGAAAUUCCACUUCUCUAAAGUAUCUUCCAAGCCUUGGUCUUUUGUAUUAGACCCUGGGGACAGCUCUUUGUUCCUCCUUGGGGUGAGCCUGGCUCUCAGACUUGCACAUGGCAAUACUUGAAUAUCGCCACGUCGGGAUAUUAAAGAUGGAUAUUCCUGCAUUAUUCGCAUCAUUGUUUCUAUGACAAAAAGCAAAGAGUUCAUACAUAGUCAAGACGUCUUUUUUCUGACGCCCUCACGUUGAGAAGCUGAAAAGGUAUUUUACUGAAGUUCGGCUAAAUUACAGAAUCAGGUUCAUCCAGAGGACAAAUUUUCUAUUCGAUUAGCUGUAUUUCAGCCGGGAGGACUGACCUCUAAACCCUUAACCUUUUGGACUCUAACUACCCUUCUCUUCUUUUUUUCCCCCUCUAAUGGGGAGAGCAGUCUUUGGAUGUAGCAUUUGAAAAGAGCCGCUAUCGUUAGAGGCAAGUUGGAAAGUUGCUAAGAUUCUUUCCUAAAGCCCAAAUCUGUGAAUAUAUUGCACCUUCUCCUUGGGAGGGGGGAAAAGUAUAUAUUUUCACGACACCCAACUACAUAUAUAUUAUAAAGAUUAUUAUAUAGAUUUCCCCAUUCCCAGAAGUUCAGGUUAUCUACCCCAGCUUCAGACCAAAUGCCAAAACUGCUUCACUGACUUCACCCAUGUCCCAGAGGAAAGCCAAGAGGCAUGUUUUGAUGAAGAAAACCCACCUUCUUCUCAAACAUAGCUUCACUACUUUGAAAAGUAACUUAAUCAGAGAAACAACUUCUUUGUUUAUAAGUCUCAGUUCUCCUCAGUUUCCAGGGAUUGUCUUUUGAAAUGUUAAUGGAGCUUGGAUGGCCCAGGGGGCAGUCCUCAACCCUGUGGUCCCAAUCGGACCCCAGCGUCCGUUUGGGCCCACAGGAGUGGGGCAGGGGAGAAGCAGCAGCACCCCCCCCCUCCCUUCUCAAAACCACCUAGGGCAGGGAAGGAAAUGAGUUUCCAUCUGGGAACAUACUCUGGAGAAACCUAGAUGUGGAAAGGCUCAGUGCCCAUUUGCUUUCAUUUGUUUCCAGUUUGUUCCCCCAAAUAUGAGCCAGAAGUGUUUGUUUUGGUGUUGUUGUUUUUUUUUUUUAAGCUGUGUUGGGGUCGUGACUGGGGAGGAGUGAAGUGUUUACCGAGGACAUUGCUCCUCAGACUCCCAUCUCACUUUGUCCAUUGCAGCCUUUUGUUGGGAGAUGACAUUGUCUGUCAGCCCCAUGGUGUCUGUUCACGCAGGAUGCUUUUUUAAUAGAAUUGACCAAUGUUCUGCUGCCACUGAUUAAAGUAUUAUUUAUACUAAUUGUUGCCUGUAGUUUUGAUGUAAUUCAUUGAUCUAUAUUUGAAAUAAUAAAAGGUGUAGCGAAACUUC